AUGCAACUGCCGGCAUGUGACCCCACAACGGUCCGAAAGGUCCUCGAAUUUGCAUAUAAAGGUCAAUAUGCAGUUGGGACCCUUCCCGCCGCAGAAACGUCCAAGUCCAUGACUGGUGGGGAUCAUCAGGAAGGUCCUUCUCGUCAUACAAGAUUGCGAAGCAGAGCCCAAGCCCUCACUGUCUCUUCGUGGGCCUCAGAUGAGAUGCACUGGCAUCCAUCCAGUCUACACUUGAAGAUGUAUGCAGCAGCAGAUGACCUCUCCUUCGCCUCCCUGAGGCUGCAUGCAGAACAGGCGUUGCUCGCCUCUUUGGGAAUCCUCUUCAGCCACUCUCAAUUCAAGACGUUCAUUCUGGAGCUUUACUCAAUAGAGAAAUACAGCAAGCUGAGAAACCCAGUCUUAGCCGUUAUCGUAGCUAAUUUGAAGAAGUUCAAGUUGCCUGAUUAUACUCUGAUUGAUGAUGAGCUGCUGGACAAUGUGCCCCGCUUCCGAGAUCAUCUAUUGUCAGAGUUGAUUCGGAAGCAUUGUCAGGAUACGCCUCAUCUACCGAGCUUCUUCGAUAGCAAUGCAGCCCAUCACGAAGCCGAACAAUAUCUUCUGACGUCCGAGGGAUCCCAGAACAAGCAUAAGAUGGUUGCACAUGGAAUUUUCAUUAAUCAAAAAGAUAUCCUUCGCACCGUCCAAGAUCUUUUUAUCAAUCCGAUCUAUAGCGAUCUGACCGUCAUCUGUGGCGGAUUUGUCUUGCACGUACAUAAAGCUGUUCUUUGCCCCGCCUCGGGAUACAUAACUCGGAUCUGUGAAGCGGGCAAUGGGAAUUCAUCUGGCGAGAUCCAACUCGGCUCGAGAGAUCCUAUUCUCGUUAAAAGUGCAUUCGAAUUCGUUUAUACAGGGAGAUAUACCGGUGGACCCUACGAAUAUCUUGGUGGGCUCACAGACGAAGCGUCAUCAUUCCACGCACGUAUGUUUGCCGAGGCCGCAUUUUUGGAAAUGGAAGAUUUGAAAGCGCAAGCCUUGAAACUACUCCUCAGCUCACUCGUCGCUAACCUCAACCGCUUCUCUUUAAACGGAGUCAUUGAUGAGGUAUAUUCCCCCAGGUCCGAUGGGGUUAACUUGGCUGAGGCCAGGGGAGCUUUGCUUGAUCUCAUAGUUGAUGAGUUAAUCAAUCUUUCAAAUUGGAAUUGGGGGUGGAUCACGGAUCCUCUGGAGUAUUGCCCAGAGUUUGGAAGCGAAAUUUGCCUUGCCCUCGUAUCCCGGGGAUUGCUUGUCUCUUUGCGAACUGACGAGACCUGCCAAUAA